AUGGCAGACACAUGUGUUAAUAAAGGGAGUUGUGGCACUGAUGUUCCACUGUGGCUGAAUGGAACACAUCCAACAGUUCAGGAUGAAGUGGUCACUCGAAGUAUCUGUGGUACCAAUGGCAUUAACUGCUGCUAUUACCGGUCCACUCCGAUUAGAGUCAAAGCUUGUCCAGGAGGUUAUUAUGUCUAUGAGUUUGUGAAGCCAUUUCUUUGCCAUUCAGCAUACUGUGCAGCACCAGAUAUAUUCUACCCAUUUGGUUCAUCAGCAGGGGACACAAUAAAUCGUGUUACUGAUGAUGAUGGAGGCUCCUCUGUUAUUGCACUGUUGAGUCCAUUUCUGUUCUUUGGCCGCACAUACCAGCAGAUUUACGUUAACAAUAAUGGAUUACUCACGUUCAACCAAUAUUCUUCAGAGUUUGUUCCUUAUUUAUUUCCUGCUAAUGGAAGUCAAGAUAUAAUUGCUGGACUCUGGACUGACCUUGAUAACCGUCAGAGAGGAGUCAUCUCUCGUAAUCAGUACACUAAUGGAAGUGUUCUCACUCGUGCCACUCAGGAUAUAAACAAUUAUUUCCCAAAUCUGAACUUCACUGCUUCUUGGGUUUUUGUAGCAACAUGGAAUAAAGUUGCUUACUAUGCUUUAACCAACACAGAAGCAUCGUUUCAAGUGGUUUUAAUUUCAGACAGUAAUUACUCAUUCAUUCUGAUGAAUUAUGGAAAUAUUGCUGCAACAGUAUUUCCAGUGGAGGCUGGUUAUGACACGAUAAACUCAGCAAAUUACUUCGUGAUUCCUGGAUCAGACAGUGGAAGCUCCAUCGCAAACCUCAACACCUCCAGUAAUGUCAAUGUUCCAGGCCGAUGGGCCUUCAGGGUGGACGGUGGACCAGAAACAAACACAAAUGUCCCCUUUGACCCCUGCUAUAAAUAUACUGUACUGGAUGAUCCUCUGAGAUCCACAGACAAUCGAGAACUUAUCCUAAUUGAACAUGACUAUUUUAUCAGCUGGUUCGGCUGGUAUCGUCUCUUCAUUAAUGGUCACAGUGUUCAAAUGCCAGACACAUGUGUGGAUAUGAAUAGCUGUGGCACUGCUGCCCCACUGUGGCUGAGUGGAGGACAUCCAUCCGUUCAGGAUGGAGUAGUCACUCGAAGUGUCUCCGGUAGCUAUAAUAGUAACUGCUACCUCUACCAGUCCAAUCCCAUUAAAGUCAAAGCCUGUCCAGGAGGUUAUUAUGUCUAUGAGUUUGUGAAGCCAAUGUUUUUCAUUACAGCAUACUGUGCAGGAUCAGGAAUCUUCUACACAUUCGGUUCAGCAGCAGGAGACUCAUUAAAUCCUGCUUCUGAUGAUGGAAGCUCCUCUGUUUUUACACUCUUGAGUCCAUUUCAGUUCUUUGGCCGCACAUACCAGCAGAUUUACGUUAAUAAUAAUGGAUUCCUCACAUUCAGCCAGGCUUCAUCACAGUAUGCUCCCGACUCAUUUCCAGCCUAUGGAAAUCAAGAUGUAAUUGCUGGACUCUGGACUGACCUUGAUAACAGUGUGAGAGGAGUCAUCUCUUAUCAUCAAUACACCAAUGGAAGUGUUCUCACUCGCGCCACUCAGGAUAUAAACAAUUAUUUCCCAAAUCUGAACUUCACUGCUUCUUGGGUUUUUGUUGUAACAUGGAAUAAAGUGUCUUACUUCAGCUUGAUCAGCACAGAAACAUCAUUUCAAGUGGUUUUAAUCUCAGGCAGUAAUUAUUCAUUUAUUCUGAUGGAUUAUGGAGAUAUUGCUGAAACAGGACAUCUAGUUGAGGCUGGUUUUGAUACGAUAAACUCCACAAACUACUUUGUGAUUCCUGGAUCAGACAGUGGAAGCUCCAUCUCAAACCUCAAGAACUCCAGUAAUGUCAAUGUUAAAGGUCGAUGGGCCUUUAGGGUGGACAGUGGACCAAACGCAGAGACGAACCCCUCUUAUGACCCCUGCAAUAAUUACACUGUGCUGAAUGAUUCAUGGAGAUCCACCAAGAAUGCAUACAACAGUUCUUUACUAUAUUGUGACCAAGAUGUCAACUGGUUCGGCUGGUAUCGUCUCUUCAUUAAUGGUCAGAGUGCACAAAUGCCAGACACAUGUGUUGCUAUGUAUAGUUGUGGCGCUCAAGGUCCACUGUGGCUGAGUGGAGGACAUCCAACAGUUGAGGAUGGAGUGGUCACUCGAGAUGUCUGUGCUCGUGAUACCAGCUGCUGUAAUGUUAAAGCCCGUCAAAUUAGAGUCAAAGCCUGUCCAGGAGGUUUUUAUGUCUAUGAGUUAGUCAAACCAUCAAUUGGCUGCUAUAACACAUACUGUGCAGAUGUUGCGAACAUUACUGCCACUCCAGCGACAACCUUAGCUGCACCAGGAAUCUUCUACACAUUCGGUUCCACAGCAGGGGACACGAUAAAUCCUGCUGUUGAUGAUGGAAGCUCCACUGUUAUUACACUGUUGAGUUCCUUUCUGUUCUUUGGCCGCACAUACCAGCAGAUUUAUGUUAAUAAUAAUGGACAUCUCACAUUCAGCCAGGCUUCUUCACAGUAUGUUCCCUACUCAUUUCCGGCUUAUGAAGGUCAAGAUAUAAUUGCUGGACUCUGGACUGACCUUGAUAACAGAGCAAGAGGAGUCGUCUCUUAUCAUCAAUACACUAAUGGAAGUGUUCUCACUCGCGCCACUCAAGAUAUAAACAAUUAUUUCCCAAAUCUGAACUUCACUGCUUCUUGGGUUUUUGUUGCAACAUGGGAUAAAGUCGCUUACUUCAGCUUAACCAACACAGAAACAUCAUUUCAAGUGGUUUUAAUUUCAGGCAGUAAUUAUACAUUUAUUCUGAUGAAUUAUGGGGACAUUGCUGUUACAAGACACAGAGUAGAGGCUGGUUAUGACACUGUGACCUCCACAAACUACUUUGUGAUUCCUGGAUCAAUCAAUGGGAGCUCCAUCUCAAACCUCAACACCUCCAGUAAUGUCGGGGUGCAAGGCCGAUGGGCCUUCAGGGUGGACAGUGGACCAAGAAGCAACAUCUUGAAAAAAGUUGUUGGACUUCAAGUGAGGUUUUCCUCAUUUUUAGACUUCACACAGAGUGGAAACACUGAUAAUGUUUUACAGCAAGUCAAACAGCAGCUGGUCAGAUACGGUCUGCCAAACAACAUAACGCUAAAAUUAAGAAAAGUGCAGAAGAUAAAUCUGUAAACAGUGUUCUUUAAGAAAAAAAGAACUAAACCUUUGCAUUUAGGAAAUAACUCAAAUCCCACUAGUGAUGCAAAAGUCGCAACCCAGUACUAAGAAACACCAACACAAUCUCACGGCAAUUCGUAACUUUUUGACUUAGUGGCUAAUUCGUACGAAUUUGUACGAUCUAAUUCGUACAAUUUAGUACGAUUUGCUCAUCCGCCAAUGACGGUUGGGUUUAGGGGUGGGGUUAGGUGCCACGCCUCCUUUUCAGAAUUGUACAAUUUCGUAUGACUGAACUCGUACAAAUUCGUACGAAUUAGCCACUAAACUGUCAAAACGUAAAAUACUUACGUUUUCUCGUGAGAUCAGGCUGGAAACACCCAUACACUCUCACACACAUACACUAUGGCCAAUUUAGUUUAUUCACCUAUAGCGCAUAUGUUUAGACUGUGGGGGAAACGGGAGCACCUGGAGGAAACCCACACCAACACGGGGAGAACAUGCAAACUCCAUACAGAUAUGCCAACUGGCCUAACCAGGACUCAAACCAGUAACCUUCUUGAUGUGAGGUGACAGUGUUAACCACUGAGCCACCCACUGUGGUAACCAGAGUUGGGAAAAUGUUCUUUUAAUUGUAAUUCAGUACAUUACUAUCUUGCAUUAUUUCUUUAAAAAGAAGCUAAAUGUGGUACUUGGUUAACUUACUUAGGUCCAAUCACAAUUCUACCCCUUAGCCCUUGCCCUUAUCCCUACCCCUCAUUUUGCACGUUCACGUCCCUACGCCUUCAAUCUAAAGAGAAUUGGGAUACCCCUACCCCUCAUUUUGCACGUUCACGUGAAGGGGUAGGGGUGUCCCAAUUCUCUUUAGAUUAAAGACGUAGGGCUAAGGGGAAGGGGUAUACACCCCUUUGACAGAGAUUUCAGGAUCACACAAGAAACCAAGGGGAAAGAAAACUUCCCAGAAUAUACAGCGGCAGCAUGACUGGACCCGGAAGUUAGGAGAUCCACAAAUUAGUAAUUUUUGUCAUUAUUACAAAUUUUUACAACAAACAAGCUCAUGUUUUAAUACAUUUAUAACAGUGUUCGUGUUUUAUCGUCAUGCUUUAAAGAAAAAAGCUAAAACAAAAACUGUUAAAUGUCUCUAUUUAUAAUCCAUAAAAUCUCAUAUAGUAAUCCCAGAACAUUCUGACACUCAAUGACACUCGUAUACCCUGUCAGAAAAGUCUAGUGACUGAGACUGACCUUUUUACAGUGUCUGCUAUAAUGUUAAUGCUGUUUUUGUGUGUUUACAUAGAUGAAUAUGGCCACGGUGUAAAUGCACAGUACAGUUACGAUCUUAUUGCCACAUUAGAUGGUUUUGAUAACAUGAUCCUGUUGCCUUCAGUGAUUUCCUGAAGAUAAAUACCAAAAAAUAGCACAACUGGAAUAACUACAGCAGUCGGGAUCGUCUGAUCUCAUAUAGAGCAAGAGAUCGCAAUGACAUAUGAUGACGUGUGCUGCUGCUGUAGUGCUGUCCCAAUUCUUAGGGGUAAAUUCACACUUCCCCUUCACACUCUGUUUCAAGGGCCAAGGGGAAAGAGGAGGAGGAAAGGGAAGGGGUACAAAAAUAGAAUUGGAUUUGGGCCUUAAUCUUAAUCUUUAAGCAAAAUAAUGUGUUAUGUUACUUUUGCAUUAUCUUUUUAUUAUUUUUUUUUCAACUGGGCUGGGCUUGCUUGUUAGUGAUAAUAUAUUUACAAUACAUACAUAUUAAAUGUAUCCAUUAAAAACUUGUAUAGAUGAAAAAUAUAAAGCUCUUUUACACCCAAAGGGAACUGAGGAGGCUGGAAGAAAUCAGUGUUGAGGCACAACUCAAACAAAACCUUUCUGGAUGGCAUGAAGAGUAAUGGGAAAAAAAGAUCAACACUUCAGCAAUGCAAUGAAUAUGACAAGUUUGCAUUUCACACUUAUUAUUAAUUGAAUCCUGGAUCUGUUUUUGUGCAAGUCAGAACAUGUUUACAUUUACACACUACAGUCUUAUGUUUACACAUUCUGCACAACACAUCCGCUCUGAUUUCUCCCGACAGAAGAGCAGAAAG